GUCGUACCUUUGGAGCGUAUGGUACCUGCCAUUGCUGGGGUAUUAUGCCAUGUCACAUACUUCAGUAGAGGCGAACACCAUCUCUUUGCAGUUCGUUAUGUUCAACUAUUUUUCGUUGCAUUCCUCUUCAUACUCAGUAUUUUCAUGUACGGGCAAGCAGACGCGUUUCUUCCCGCUCUAAAUAAAGUCGCUUGGAUCGCACUCUCCUAUGUUUCUGGACUCUAUUCUAGUGUGGUAUUCUACCGCUUGCUACUUCAUCCGUUGAACAAGUUUCCUGGUUCACUGGGUGCAAGAAUCACAAGUUUCUGGCUGUCUUGGCGGGUACGACAUGGAGAUACAUUCAGACAGCUCAAGAGCUUACAUGACCUAUACGGGCCAUUUGUUCGUAUUGGGCCUAAUAAUCUUUCUAUCGCUCAUCCAAAGGCGGUAAAUAUUAUCUAUGGAUCUGGAUCCAAGUGUUCCAAAGCACCUUGGUACGAUCUUACAAAACCGAUGGUCUCUCUACAGACCUUCCGCGAGAAGUCCCUUCAUGACGAAAGGCGUCGCGUCUGGAGCACAGCGUUCAGCGAUAAAGCCCUCCGUGGGUAUGAACAGCGAUUGCGGGGCUAUCGUAAUAAGCUAGUGGACCACCUGUCUACUUUGGAUGGUCGGCCAAUCAACAUUAAAAAAUGGUUUAAUCUGUAUAGCUUUGAUUUCAUGGGCGACCUUGCAUAUGGAAAGUCGUUUGAUAUGUUAGAGACUAGUCAAGAGCACUGGGCCAUCAAACUAUUAAGCGACGGCCUUGAACCACUUGCAUUUGCAUUUCCGGUCUGGUUUUUUAGGCUACUAACAGCAAUACCAGGGCUCGCAAAUGACUGGUGGAGAUUUAUUGACUUCUGUGCUGAGCGAAUGGAACAAAGGUUGAGAACGGAGGUAGACAGUCCGGAUAUUAUGUCGGCACUGUCAGCGCCUUUAAAGGGUCAGCGGCCCAGUGAUCGAGAUUGGCUUCUAUUGCGAGGAGAUGCACAACUUAUAGUUGUUGCCGGCAGUGACACUACUGCAACGACGCUGACGGCUGCCAUAUUUGAACUCGUGCGACACCCCGAACAACUCGACAAAUUACGAGAGGAACUUGCACCGUAUAUGACUGACCCAACGAAUGAAGUGUUAAACGAGAAAAUAGCCAAUCUAGAUCAUCUCAAUGCAAUUAUCAACGAAACACUUCGAUUACAUCCUCCCGUUCCAUCAAUGCUACAGCGGAAAACUCCACCCGAGGGUAUCACAAUUGACGAAACAUAUGUGCCCGGAGACAAAAUUGUAUCGUGUCCACAGUAUGUAAUUGGACGAAGUGAAGCAGCCUACGAUAAACCAGAGGCCUUUAUUCCAGAACGCUGGUAUCUACACCCAGGCAUGGUUAAAGAUAAGACUGCUUUUGCACCAUUCUCAACUGGUCCCUAUGGAUGCAUCGGUAGACCUCUUGCUCUUCUCAAUAUUCGUACUACGCUCGCAAGGCUAGUCACAACAUUCGAUUCCUCCUUUGCCCCAGGUGAGAAUGGGAAAGGGUUCGAAGAAAAGGCGAGGGAAAAGUUCACACUCAAUUUUGGUGACUUGAUGAUUUCGUUCAAAAGACGCGUAUAA